CAAAAACUGUUUCUAAGGGGAAAAAAAAAAAAAAAACUGUUCUGUUCACUUUUUGACAGUGUCACUUCCCCAUUUCUAUUGCUUUACGUUCCUUUCUGGCUAGCGAAAAGCAAAGCAAAACCCAUGUUUGCAGGUUUUGCGAAGAACCAUUUUCGCCAUGCGGUGGAAACCAAUGCCGGCAAAAUCCAAUUCGUAGCAGAAUUUUGGGGUAGUAUAUACUUGUGAAUCUUCUGCUCAAGUUUUAGUUUUGGUUAAAUGCAAAGGGAUCUGUAUGAGGAGGGUUCUUUUGGGUAUUUUUCUUCUUGAGGAAAGAAAGUUUUUUUUUUUUUUUGGUUUUUGGUAGGUUUGAUUUCAUUUCUUGAGAGAUUUCAGCAAGUAGGUUUUGUUUUCUAAAGAAGCAAGGAUGAUUCAGCUUUUGUUCUUGGUUCUAUUUGCGGAGGGUGUCCUGGCUUUUCUUUUGUUGGUGAAGAUUGGGCCAUUGAGAGAUCUUGUAAUCAAGAGUCUGGAUCAGCUCAAGAUGGGGAAGGGUCCUGCUACUGUGAAAACUAUUGCUGGUACCAUGUCUGUGAUCCUCCUCUCAAGCCUUAUGAGCAUUGUUAAGAUCCAGAACAAGGGUGCUAAGCUUGGUACUAUGUCUCCCAUGGAUCAAGUUCUGUGGAGGACGCACUUGCUUGAGGCUUCACUCAUGGGUUUUACAUUAUUCCUUGGAUUCAUAAUUGAUAGGAUGCACCAUUAUCUUCGGAAGCUAAUUAAUUUGAGGGGUAAUGUGGGAUCUUCUAAAGAAGAGCUAGAAAGGCUUCGGAAUGAGAAAGUUCAAUUUGAAGACAGGGAAGAGAAAGCUUCAAAGGAGAUAAAGAAACUGAAGGAAGAAAUAUCAAGCCUUUCAGAAAGUUUGAAAAAGGCAAAGUUGGAAUGUGAAGAGAAGGACGUAAGAGUUGAGACAGCUGAAGUUCAUGUUGCUUCCCUCCAAAAACAGGCUGCCGAUCUGCUACUUGAAUACGACCGACUGUUGGAAGACAACCAAAAUCUUCAGGCUCAAAUUCUAGGUAAAGCAUAAAGAGUUGAGGAAAUGCAAGCUGGCAAACUGAAGUAUGGGUGGAAAUUAGAUAUCAUUCAUGACCAUCACUACUAGUUUUUGUUGCAGAGGCUUCCUUGUUUUCCACAGAAGUGAUUAAUUUUCACUUCUUACUGAACUGGAAAGCGGCCUCCAUAUGCGUAUGUCCAAGAUUAUAAAUUUUGUAGUUCUUCCUCUGGAAUCUGUUGUUCCCCUUCACACUGGAUUUUUGUCCACCCUGUGGGUAAAGAAAGAAAUUUUUCACUUGAGAUCUUGUGGGGGAAGUAUUAAUUGGAAAGGCUUUUAAGAUCAAAAUUCUUCUAAA